AUGCGGGGGAUCGCAGCCCGCAAGCCGACGGCGGGUGCACGAAGCAGCGAGCUGUCAGCCGCUCGUGUUCACGUUCGGAAACAAAACCGCGUGGUGACGCUGCCGGUCCUUCAGGUGCAGCACCGGCCCACCAGCAUCGAGUGGGAUGGCUGUGAUCCCCACAAGCUCUACACUCUGGUGCUCACCGACCCCGACGCGCCCAGUAGGAAGGAUCCGAAGUUCAGAGAAUGGCAUCACUUCCUGGUGACCAACAUGAAAGGUAACGAUGUGGAGAGUGGGACCGUGCUGUCAGACUACGUGGGCUCGGGGCCCCCUAAAGGAACAGGGCUGCACCGCUACGUGUGGCUGGUGUACGAGCAGCCGAAGCAGCUGGCCUGCAAUGAGCCCAUCCUGUCCAAUCGCUCCGGCGACAAGCGAGGGAAGUUCAAGGUAGCAGCUUUCCGCAGCAAGUAUGAGCUGGGGGUGCCGGUGGCUGGCACGUGCUACCAGGCAGAGUGGGAUGACUACGUACCGAAACUCUAUGAGCAGCUCUCUGGGAAGUAGGGAGAAGGGACCUGACCACGCACUGUGCUGCAUUCUCCGUUCCCUUGGAGACCAGUCUUGUCUAAGCAUUUCUCUGUAGUUUUGUUUGCCUGGUGAGCUGAGAACCCAGCUGCUCCUGCACUGACAACGUGAGCUGUAAUUUGAACCAUAACCCCAUCGAUCUCUGUGAAGUGAAUCUGCUUUGGUGUCAGAGCGGUCUGGCUGUGCAUUGUGCUUCAGCUGGCUCCUGUAGGUACAGGCCACAGCUAAAUAGGCUUCUGAAAAGCUGACGCUGUGAGAGCUGCCCCCAAGGCCGACCUGCUCAAGGGAAAUCUAAGCCUUUGUGACUCGGUGCCGCUUCAGAGUGUCUCUACUGUGUUAAAACAGUGUUAUGCAGCAGCAGUGUGGGUACAGAACCACUUCUGGCUGCAAAGCCUUCCCUUUCCAGGAGGGGAGAAGGCAGCAGUCUAUAAGGGAAACUGCAUUUUUUUCUCUCCUGCAAGUAUUUGGCCGGUGCCUCCACUAAUGUGAACCACUAAUUAGUAGAAUGAGGUAGGGACUCUGGUUUAUAGCACUACUUUCUGAUCUCUGUUUCCACUCAAAGCUGAGAGGCUUUGCUUUGCUCAACUUCUGUUGUGACCUGGUGUUUGCUCACAGUGCAAUUAAACACUUUGCAAGGUGGA